AGUCACGGCGUCGUCAGGCAUAUGUCGGCAUAAAUAGCGAAACGUGCUCAUUACGGGUCAGAAGUGAUUUUACCGCGACAAACACGGGUUACGCUUGACGUUUAAAAUUAUCCAAAGUUUUCUGGUGUGUGGAAAGCAAUACUUUUUACUGCGGCAAUUCUUUUAUCUUAAAAUCAUAAAACAGAAGAACGCGUUUUAGUUGGAAAAGGGAACAAUGACGAUUGUUUCUUUUUUGUAUCUAUGACAAUAGAAGCAGUUACGCUAUUUACUUCAUACACGAAACCUAGAGGUAUUACUUCAACCCGAGUAAUUUAAACAGUUUUUGGUACAAUCGAUUCGGUGUUAAACAAUUGAAUUCGUGACUUCAGUGUAAUGGAACAUGUCGAAGAAGCACAAGUGGCAAGAACAUUUGUUCGGUAAAAAUCUAAUCAAAUGUGAGAGUGCCGACGUUGACGCGGUGAAAACAACGGGAGGGAAGAACCUCGUCCCCUGCAUCGAUUCGCUCAAGAGGGUUGAAGUGAUUGGUGUUUAUUUUUCGUUCGCUAAUAUCAAUUUGAAAUGUGACGAACUGAAACAAAAGCUGAAAGAGCUCUACAAAAAGAUUAAUAGUGAAACGAAGAGGUUCGAAGUCGUACAGGUGGUCCUUUGGGCUAAUACCGAUGUUUACGNGGAGAAAAUUAAAAUUAAAAAAGAUGUUGAUUAUUGGCCAACUAGUAAAAGUUGA